UACCUAGGACUAUUGAACGGAAGCCUAGAAGGGACAGUCCUUGCGAGUAUUGCACCGUUUUGUUUCACUUCGACUGAAAUGAUUGGUGCAGCUUAAACUCUUGAAGUCCUGUUUUGUUUUAAAGCAGGGCCCGGAACGCCACUGAUGCUGACAGGAUGGAGAAACAUCUCUUGGACUCUUUCAUUACUCGCAAGCAGAAGACUUUCCAUCUGUAAAAGCUCAACCUUCAGCACAGCGCUAAUCUCCUCACCUUCAAGCAUCGUUCCCCGCCCCCUUUCACCAACUCAGACCUUCAGCUUCUUCACCAGCAGACUUGCCUCUUCUUCUACUCAUUGCUCCGCCCCCCUGGAGUUACAGGAGGUUCUGCAGGUACUGGAGCAGCUCGCUCCUCUGUCCCUGGCUGAAUCUUGGGACAACGUUGGCUUGCUGGUGGAGCCGAGCAAAUCUCGGCAGAUCAAAACCAUCAUGCUUACCAACGACCUGACCGAUGCCGUCAUGGAGGAGGCAGAGACCCUGAGCUGCGACCUCAUUAUUUCAUAUCACCCACCCUUGUUUCGGCCAAUCAAGCGACUGGUUCAGAAGGACUGGAAGCAGCGACUGGCCAUCCGCGCUGUAGAGGCUGGGAUAGCGGUCUUCUCCCCACAUACGUCCUGGGACAGCAUGAAAGGAGGGGUGAACGACUGGCUGGUUGGGGGUCUUGGCAGUGGCCAGGUGUCUGUGCUCAGUCAGGCCCUUGGCAGCGCCUCCCACUCACACAAAUUGGAGUUCAUGGUCAGGAGUUCAGAGGAGCUCAAUGCUGUUUUGGAGGAGCUGAAGGCUUGUGAUGGUGGAGCAGGGCUUCAGAGUUCAAGCAGCAGACAAGACAGCAGCAGCAUUCACGUCAGCAUAACCUGCAGUGACUCAGCACUGACUCCUAGUGUCCAGACUCUGUUAAGACACAAUACUCCCAGUCAGUCCCUCAGCAUCCUGAAGUUGGAAAAGCCACCUCUACCAGGCUAUGGCCAAGGACGACUGAGUGUUUUGGACCAUCCGGUCACCGUGUCAACAGCUGUCCAGAAGAUGAAAUCGCAUUUGGGUUUAGUUAAUCUCCGGUUGGCUCUGGGAGCAGGAAGGACGCUAGAGUCCUCAGUGUGUACCGCUGCUGUCUGUGCUGGCUCCGGGGCCUCAGUGCUGAGUGGCGUUAAGGCCGACCUCUUCAUUACAGGUGAGAUGUCCCACCAUGAGGUGUUGGAUGCGGUGGCGAAGGGAACCAGCGUCAUCCUGAGCGAUCACAGCAACAGCGAGCGCGGUUUCCUUGCCGUGUUCAAGGAGCGGCUCGCCGUGCGUCUUCCUGACGCGGUAAAGGUGGUGCUGUCCAAGGCAGACAGGGACCCGCUGGAGGUCGUCUGACGGAUCUGUCCUCAUGAUUGCAGGAAACUUUCAGAAUAUAUUCAUAUAUAUCCAGAUGUGAAGUCAUCCACUGGUUUUAAAAUGGCUGCUUAAUUUUGAAGUAAAAACAGGCUG